AUGGACGAUGAGGGCGCCGAGCAGCAGCAACAGCAGCAGCAAGACCCGCCGCCGACGGCCCAGCAGCAGCAGCCCUACAUGUCGCUGCAAUUCGACCCAUUCGCCCAUGGCCUUGAUGGCCGGCCACAGCAAGGAAUGCAUGAAACACUUGCUCCAGCUGGCCCAAACUAUGACUACAAUACCCACCAAGAACAGCUCUUUGCCACUCCUCCUAAUCACGACCCCUCCUACCCACCGCACGCAUACGACUUCAUGAACAGUGGCGCCCAAGCUCCGUACCCAGCGACCCUCCCAGCGCCAGCAGGAAAUCAGGACGCCGGCCAAGGAGCUGGUGACUUCUACCACCAAGCACAGGCCCCUCUCGCCCUCGUCCUCGCCCAGGCCCAGGCUCUCGCCCAAGCUCAAGCCCAAACCCAAGCCCUUGGCCAAGCCCUCGCUCAAGCCCAAGCCCAGGCCCAGGCUAACCGCGAAUCAGACGGCGUGGCACCGCGCAGCGCGGCGCCACGAAACGAGGCUCCCAACGCUCGAGCAAGGGCUCAACAGGCUGGUGGCGAGCAGCCUGCUCAUAGAAAGCGUCCUGGUCCGAAACCUCAGCAGCGAGCCUCCAAGAAGCGCGCUGACAGAAGACCCGUUGCCAAGGCAACUUCAAAGCAGCCUUCCAUGCGGCAGCCUCGCCCAGGACAGCCUUCCUCAGGACAGCCUUCCUCAGGACAGGCUGCCGCCGCAGGCGCCAGCGAGCAGCAGGGGACCAUCACAGAGCGCCUUGACAGGGGCCUGAUCACGGACGUCGCGGGUCUGACAAGAGCGGAGCAGAAUGAGGUCCUGCUCUGGGCGCGCCACCAAGAAAUGCAGUGGAAGGACAUCCGCAAGAACUUCAAGUUUCCGCAAGCAUUGAGCACCCUGCGAGGGCGCCACCGCAGCUUGGUGCAAAAUGGCAAGCCUCCGAAGACCGCUGUCAUGACCGAUCUCGAUUACAAUCUUCUCGACGAGGCGGUUCAUCACAUAGCAGGAGGCCGCGUCGACGACGUCGAAAACUCUGAUGUCCCGGCACUGUGGCUGAAGGUGAAGAAAUACAUCACCGAGCAUGGAGGCCAAACGACAGCAGGAGCUUCGAGGCUCAAGUUCGAAUACAUUGAGCGUAAUCAAGGCUGGGAAGCAGCCAGGGCUUGGAAGGAGGCGCCGAAGAACAACAGGGACAAGGCGGAGGCUAAGGCGUCUAAGAAUGGCCGCGCACAAGGCUCUCGGACCCAGCACGAGGCUGCUGUUGAGCCCAGCAACGCCCAAGCCCUAAACUACUCGUACCUACCCCGGUGGAAUCACGCCGAGUACGCUCAGUACCACGUGGAGGGGGAGGAGGAGGCGGACUUUGGUGACGAUGUCGACGAGGAGCAAGAGGGUGAAUGCGAGGAUAACGAUCUUGAGUGGGACAGCAAGGAGUACGACGGUAACAUCAAGCAGGAGGAGGAUGACACGUAA